AUGGUCAACCGCGCUCCAUCAGCCAUGUCCACCUUGGUAUUCAAUGCAGAAGUUUCCAAUCAUCAUAGCAUCUUUCGGGAACAAGAGAAGGAAGUGAAUAAGCAGCAGAAAGACAUCUAUAAUCGAAUCCAUUCGGUUGCCGAAGAUUGCGAAUUUGUCGUAUCAGUCGCCAAGAAGUUCCCUCAAUUCCCAAUCAUCGCUAACCAGCGGUGUGGAGCUUGGUAUGUGGACCCUGCCAAUUCACCGGACUGCUCGGUUUAUUUCAAGUCCACGGAUGGCCACGAUGGCCAAUGGCAAUUCAGUGUGCGCAGGUCCAAUCUUCAUUUGGUAAAUCUUAUCAUCGAUCGGAAGGGUGUGUUAAUCGUGGAUUCGACUCGGAGAGGCAAGAGGUUUCCCGAUGCUUUAUCCAAGACAGUACCUGCUUGGUGUGCGGUUUUGAAUACCGUUCGACUCCGUCUGAUGAAACAGUACCCAAUCGCUGAGACAGACCGCGAAUUUUGGUCAGAUGAGCUAUCUAUUCGGCUUUCGACUCCAUCCGAUGCUGUCAGGGCAAGUGAACACGACCAGAUGUGUCAACGGAUUGAAGACUGGGCUAAGGAGCUUCUCUCAUCUUCUUUCGAUUUUCGCCGGAGCAUAGCUCAACUCAAAAGACCUCUGCGUCCGGUUUGGUGUUGUCCUACAAGCAUCUGUACGAUGACGGACUUCAAUUCAAACGAGGAUGUUCUACCAUCCUACUACCCUGUGGUCUGCGUCAGUGCCAGUAAAAUUGUUACAGAUACUUCGACAACAUAUCGUCCCGCUGGUUACACAUACGUUCAAGGUGCAGGUGAUGAUCACGAGUCGUGGUCGGGAGGUUUGACCCCGACGACAUUCUGGAAGCAUUCAACAAAGAUUCUAUCUGCAUCACGACAUGACAUCCCCAACCUACUUCGAGAGAUUUUUGCGGAACAGGAAUUGCAGAAGCAGACAUCCACCGCUUCUCAACAAAGGUUCAACAUUCAGGAGACUGGCCUCAACAUCUCCUUGGCAGAUGGCAUGACAACUCUAGGAUCACAAACAAGUUUAGGUAACUUGCUGACAGUGUUGGUAUCUACGUCGACUGAUCAGAUACAUAUUGUUAAGCAAGGCGAUGAUGGAAAGGAGGUAUUUCAAAUAGAAGGCGAUCAAUCCGUUUUGAAAAACUUUAGUAAGACUCUAUCGCAUAUUAGUCCGAAGUGCGUGCAAGCCUUGCGUGACAGAGGAAAACUCUGUGUCAUUGCUGGAGGAUGUCACAAAGCUCAAUCGCAGGAGCUCGUUGUUGCGAUCGCUCUUUGCGUAUUGGUUGAAACAUUCGACGAUGCGAGACAGCUCCGUACACAGUCCGUACCACGAAUAGAUAAAAGUCUCAUACGGUCGCGACUUCAAUGGAUGAUUGAAGCUUCAGAUGGCUCAUUAAACCCAUCAAGAUCAGUGUUGAAGCGCGUGAACAACUUCCUAAUACCACCACCUUGA